AUGCAUUCCAAUCCCGGAAAAAAGAUUUGCCCCUCUAGCGACUUAAACAACUUCAGGGAAGAAAAUAAAGCUGUUGGGGAAGUCAGUAAAGUUGGAGCCAAAUCAGGUAAAGUUUCUUCUGGCUUAUCUGAAGUUUCCGUAGCCACAGCCAACAAUGCCACUACUGAAGAAGGGCAGAGGCAAAGCUCAGACGACGUGUUCCAUAUGCGCGGCGUUCUCCACAACCUCAGACUGAGUGGAAAAGAAAACAGCGGCCUCACCUGGCAGAGGGUUCAAGGUGUCAAAACAGUGGCCACUGGGGCUUCCUCAAUGAAGGGAUACCCACGUGCCCAAAGGCAAAAUGUUGUUGCUUGCAAAGAAGCACAACGUUCUGGAGCCUUCAAAGUUCUUGGGCUACCUCAGAAGACUUCUCACCACAAGUUGGGGCAGCCGCACUGCUUUGAAGAGAACAGAGAGAGAAGAUCAUCAGGAAGGCUGGAUCAUUCACCCAAAUGGGUGAACGUUCAGCAAUCCCGGGAGGAAUUAUCUCUCAGCAAGUUAAGUUUCUGUCGGCCACAAUCUCAGGAAGCUGCUGUCCUCCGCAGGGGAAAUCAUUCUGAGGGAGGACCUACCCACGAAUGGGGAAAGUCAACGGUCGGUUCUGCCUCUACCCGGCCAUCACUCACGAUCCCAACCCAUCUCCCGGUUGGUGAGGUCAAAGGCAUGCACCCCCACGUUCAAAACAAUAACAAAUAUAGCACCUUCACUGAGAAGAGUGUACCCGUCGGUCUCGUUGGUACCAGAAAGGAAUUCCCAAGAGGGUUUUGCAUGUCCGGCGAAGCAGAGCAGAGCUCGGUGAGGAUCACUUCACAGGCGGCAUUUCAGAUCUUGAGCGCUUCUUACAAGUCCCAACUAGCAUCAGAGCAGGCAGAGCUGGCAGGUGGGGGGCCGAUCGCCGAGUUCGAGAAGCUCAUGGCCGCCGUCUCUCCCGUUAUCAUCCUAUCCGUUGAUCUCGCUGGUCAUCCUGACGCUUCACUGGCUGAUGUCUGGAGCUGGUACGAAGAGCCUGGAGCGUACGGCUUGGGCGUGAGGGCAGAGCCUUCCCAAAAUAGCAAGAAUUGGGGCAGCGGUGGGUUCCCAUUUCACGCUUAUUUCGUCCCUUCCCUUUCAGCGGUUCAGCUGUUCUCCCACCCGCGAGAUAAUAACGUUGGAGUGAAGAAGACCCAAGAAGGGAGGCGUUGGCCUGAUUCUUCUUAUGCGGAAGAUACCCUUCCCAGUUGCUGUGAAGUCGAAGCGCCGGAUGACUCAGUGCUCCUGUUCGAAUACUUCGAGCAUGAGAGACCGGACCAGAGGAAGCCGUUCUGCGCCAAGUAA